AUGGUGAACGAGUUUGAUUUGACCGACGGGCUCUCAAACGCUCUGGAGGCAGCCAUUGUGGAGCAUAAAUUGAUCCAGUAUCCAAUGAUUUCUUCUCAAGUUCGCUCGUUUUACAUUGAGCCGAAUCGUUUGGAUGCUCCUGCAAAUACGCUGUUUACCAGCAAGAUGCCUCGUAGAAUUUUCAUUGGACUUGUUAGUGCGAGCGCGUAUAAUGGGAGUUUUGAUACGUCGCGAUUCGAGUUCAAGCCGCACAAUAUCACGGAUGUUCACAUCGACUAUUGUGCUAUGACACUACCCGGACGACCGUUGGGCUUAGACUUUGACAACGGGAAGUUCAUGGAGGCCUAUGUUCAACUUCAAGAAACCCUGGGACAUACGAGAAACAAUUUUCGUUGCAACUCUAUUAGCGCAGACAUGUUCAAAAACAAAGGAUACACUAUUUUUGGAUUCGAAUUGAGUCCUGUUGCUCAGGAUAAUUCCCUAUUCGAACUUGUCCGUCAGACUAAUGUCAGUGUCCGCUUGAAUUUUACCAAACCCACUCCUAUUGGUGGUUUGUAUUGUGUGGUGUACGCUGAGUUUGACCAAAUUUUUGCACUCGAUUUCUUACGGAACCCCAUCAUAGAUUCCAUUGUCUGAGUCCGCCCCUUUUACUUCUCGUAUAAAUUGAAAGUCCCCGGCCUGCUAUCUCAUUUAUAAUGUCUGUGUCCAAUGGAUCAUGGAGACGUGAUUCUAGCGCUUCAAAAACACUGUCACCAACUAGUAAUGGAGAUUCUCCAGAUUCUUUAAGUUCUAGAAAAACUUACCCUCCUUCUUAUGGACAAGUGAAGGAAAUUAGAGAGGUAAAAGCACAUCUGCCGACUUAUUGACGUUUUUUCAGUCUGUUGUUGUGUUUUUACAGAAAAACAUCCGUAUAUAAACGGAUCGAGCUUCCGGUUGUAUCACCGGUGUCAUUUCGCUCUAUCGUUUAGUGUAUUCAAGACUUCAGAUAGAACUAUCUUUAUUUCGUGACUUCAUUCGACAUUGGAGGGGAACACAGAAUGAAUGUAUCUCGGGUUCCUGCGCGCAGAUGAUGCCGGGGCAGGGUCAUCAAUCUUGCUGGCCUAUGGAUUAUCUGGGGGAGAUAGGAAGAUGACAGACCGAAGUGCUGGCCUGUGACACGUAUAAGGGCCGAGGAGGCUAUUAUGCCAUCUUCAGAAUCGGCCCUACUUACUCCUCGCUUUCUUUUCGACGAUCCGUACAUGGUUUGGAACUUGCGUACCGACUGCCGUCGCCUGAACCGAGCGGGGGAAGCCGAAGUUUUGGACGACGAGUACCAGGAAUUAAGUAAGCACGAUUAGUUUGUUUUCUGUAGUAAACUUUUUUUUUUUUUGCAGGAAUAAAGAUGUGUCGGAUCUGUCGCUCGCACAUAAAUCACCAAAGACGAAUAAAGUACUUCAAAUUUGAUGUUCUUGUGGAAAAGAGACGGCUUCGCGAACCAACUCCGAGCUCUACCGUAGAGUAA